GCAGCUGCGGCUCUGUUAGACGGUUGUUGUCGGAGUGCUUGGGGAACCGUGUGCGGAACAUGGACUCGGACGCCGGAGUGUGUCGCCAUACCUGAGGCAGGAGGCAGAGAGGAGAAAGAGCUAACAGGAGUGAGACAGCACUUUAGGGGCAUAGUUGUGAAUGCUGAACCUUCCUGGCUAUUUUUAGCUUGUCAGCUGGGAGAGGAAUCUCAUGUUUUCUCAUGAGGCCUUGUGAGUGAUGCUACCUCCCUGUCCACCGCUACACCUGCGGUGACUCAGAACUGCCUAACCAAGAGCCGAAUCACAUAUGACAUCGCCCGCAAUUAUAAAUCAAGAGCCCUUCAAAGACUCCUCACAAGAAGUACUCGUAAAAUAAAAGGUGACCAUGGCGGAGAGUAACCACUGCGCGUCCAACGUCCUUCCCCCUGGCGUCCACGGCGCGUCGGGCGACUACUACACCGAGAGCGACGAGGAGGAGGACAGUGAUGAGCGCGACUCCCCGAUCAUCUCCCUGUCCAAGAGCUCCACGGCCGUGGCGACCGGACCGCUGCCGCGCUCCGAGCUGGCCUGGUUCCGGUCGGACCUGCGCAAGAGCGCCAGCGCCCAGCGGCCGCGCAGUCUGGCCGGGUCGGGAGCCAACAUGUCCGCCUCCAAGUUCGGCGUCCUCUCCGGGGGUUACGUGCUGCGGCAGGAGAGGACCACCAGCCUGGGGAGCGGAGGCAGCAGCAGCAGCCCGGACACGGUCAUCUGGAGAGGGGGCACCAGAGGGCGUCCCUGGAGCAUCACGGAGGACCCCUGCGCUAAGCCCGCGCUAGCCCCAGAGAGGGGCGCUCUCCCUGGGUUCCCUCCCUGCAGUGGCCCCUACUUCCAUAGGGACCUCCAGGCGGGACGGCUGGAAAGACAGAGCCUGAGUGGGUACAACCAGGUGGCGGGCACAGAUGCUGCACCCAGGUCUACCGCGCUGGAGGGGCGGCCGGAUGAGAGUGCCGGGGGAAACGGUGGGGACACCGAGACUUUUUUGGGGCUCAUUGAUGGACGGGCUCCCAGCUCGCUGGGUGGAUGCUGCAGGACUGAUCGCCCUGGCAGCGUUUUGCGUACCUCUGAUAGUUUUGGUACCUCCGUGUCGCUAACUCUCCCCUAUGCUAAUGCUGACGCGAUGCAAGUCCACUACGCCCCCCCACUGUACUCGCCGGUGACUUAUGUCUCUGAGGGUCAAAGGUCGUCACUCUCAGCCGGGUCUCUGGCCUUCCCCCCUCUGGUGUCGUCCAUCAGCGAGACGAGCCUGGACCGGCGCCUCCUGACCCACUGCUGCCGUGGGGACAGCGACUCGUCCAGCGUCUGCAGCUCCGCAACAGUGGCGGCGGCACCCGUGUCUGCGUCGUCAGCAGCGCGGCGGAUGUGGGCCUCGCGGCAGCGGCCGGCGGUCAGGGAGGCCAGCACCAUGACGUCCCGUAGCGACCUCCGAGACGUAGGGGUGCAGACUGGGUCUUUGGCGGGGUCCCCUGCCAGCGCUACCGCCAUCGGUGCACUAUCGUCCAGCGGCCAGUCGAGUGGAGAAGACCAGGGGGAGACGAGGGGGUUGACAGCUGGGGAGCCAAGUGGUGUUGGUGGUGGAGAUAUGGUGAUCGGAGGGGGACGAACCCCCAUUCGGGAGGUGGAGUGGGAUGAGGAGGGGAUGACCUGGGAGGUAUACGGGGCGGCGGUGGACCCCGAGGAGCUGGGCCAGGCCAUCCAGAGACACCUGGAGCUGCAGAUCAAGGUUUCGGCUGUCGCCAUGGCGACGAGCGACGACGACAAUGACGACCCCGAAGGCAAAAGUCAGCAGGGCGCCGAGGGAGAGGGUGCGGAGGCCGGGAAAGUCGCUGGGGACGGAACGCAGCCGAGUGGAAAGAAGAAGAGGAGAGUCGGACAGAGGAUGUCGCUACGGAGACCUGGAUGCUGUUUGCGGUCCAGCACAGUGGGGGAGUGAAUUA